CACACACACACAGAACAACCCUCAGCCUGGAGAGAAGGCUUCAGUACCGUUCGAGCCUCAGAGCGGAACGCACGUCGCUCUUCAUGACAUUGUGUAUCGGAAUUGGCGGGAGUGAAGUGAUCAUGUGUUAGUGUCAGUGAAAAUAAUCAUAUCGGGAAUUGCAACAUGAUAUAAAGUUUAGUGCGUCUUAGUGUAGUGUAACUGUGUAGUGUUCACAUAAUAAUGGCGCUGAUUAUUCUUAUCUUCCUUAUUGCUGUUGGCGGACAUUCUGUAUCUGCAGAUAGAGAUCACGCUUCAUCCCUUGUGGGAAACACGGCGAGGUUGAGAUGUCGCAUCGAUGGCAAAUCAUGCGGAGAGAUGCACAGCAUCAAAUGGUACAAGGCGGAUGCUAGGGUGUAUGUGUACUCCGCUUCCAAGGACGCUGCUAUCAAUAGACCAGAGGGAGAGAUGAUGGACAGAAUGUCGAUCUCCCACGAGCCGAAUGCCACGUUCGCGGAACUGGUGAUCACCAAUGUUCAUCCUGAUGAUGAAGGCGUGUACCGCUGCGAAAUCACCUACCUCCAAGUCGGCGAAGAUUGCAACACGGUGCAAGUCACGGACUUCCACACAUACAUUAAACCGAAAUCUGUGGAAGUGAGAACUGGAGAGGGUCUUAUUUUGUCCGAGGGCGCCGUGUUUGGACCACUUCUAGAGAGGACGAAGGUCAAUAUAACGUGCCUGGUUGUGGGUGGCAAGCCUCAACCAAAAGUCACUUGGUAUUUCAAUGGAAAAGAAAGACUGGAUGCCCAAACCAUCACCGAUCAAUCAUCGAUAAAACAUGUACUACCACUGACUGUGACACGAGCGGAGUUAGCUGGUGAACUCACUUGUAAUGUGACCUCUGCUGCUAUGGACAAGGCAGUGUUGAGAAAGGUUUUGUUGGAUGUCAGAGUACCGCCAAAUAAGAUCUCUAUAUCUGGAGUAGGCGAGCAUGCUACCCAAGGUACGCUUCUGACGUUGAUGUGUACGGUGUCCGGAGCUCGACCAGCGGCGAGGAUUGAUUGGUUUAAUGGCACACACCAACUUAGUCCAAAACAACAAAAUAUUCAACAGAGGGAAUCCGAAUCGAGCGACACUACAUUCGAAACUACGUCGAACCUGACAUUUGAAGCAACGCGAUUUGAGAAUGGAAGAAAGUUUAUUUGUCGUGCUAUAAAUGACGUGAUGAUUGAAACGAAGGAGCAUCCUAUACACGCCACGAGAGAGCUUGAAGUUUGGUACCCGCCGUUAGUUCAUGUAACGCCGCCGAACAUUACAAUCGUGGAGGGAUCCAAGAUUUUGUUGAAAAGCGAAUAUGAGAGCAAUCCGUCUUCAUUAAUCGAAGUAAUCUGGUACCGUGAUGGUAUGAAAGUCAAUGUGAAUAAAAGUCACUACCAAGGUGGCAAUACCGACCAACACUCGCUCAUCAUCUUAGACGCCAAUGGAGAAGAUAUGGGGAACUACACUGUCCUCCUUGCCAACGCUGUUGGGAAUGGCACCACAAAUGAGACUAUCAGCGUCAAUGUUUUAUACAAACCUCAAGUACGUCUUACAAUGAGUUCUCCCAGCCCAAUCCUAGAAAGAGAGCACAAGAACGUGACGCUGACCUGCGAGGUGGUUACCGGGAAUCCUUCUAUCCUGGAUGAAGUUAUUUGGUUUCUGGACGGAGAGGUUCUCAAACAUCUGCCUGAAUGUAAUGAUACCGAUGCAUUACUCUGCAAUGAAGUAGACCCAUCAAUGUUACUCCUUCAAGAUACAACAAAAAGUUUUCACGGAAACUACUCCUGCAAAGGAAAAAACUACGCAGGUUGGGGAAAUGAGAGUGAAAAAACGGAACUUGUUGUUAACUAUCCUCCCGGUCCAGCCAAAUUAACUUACUCCCCAUGGCAGGUUGUGAAGGGAAAGUCCCUAGUUCUUAGCUGCAAAAUAGAAGAGAAGGGGCGACCAGAAACACAUAGAUAUCGUUGGUACCGCGGCGGACGUCCUGUGACUGACAUCGUCUCCCAGAAUUGGACGAUAGACCCUGUAACUCUUGACCAUCGGACUAACUUCUCUUGUCGUGGAAUCAACGCUGGCGGAGAAGGAGAGGCAGCCUUUGUCAAUAUAGACGUAUUGGCUCCUCCAAGCUUCAAAUACGCAAUGAACCACUACAGCGGUGCUUUAUACAAAUCACAGAACAUAUCUCUAUCAUGUACUGUAGAGUGUGCUCCGCUGUGUAGUGUUGUGUGGCUCAAAGACGGACAGAUUAUUGACCCCGAGAAAACCGACAGAUACUACGUCGAAGAACGAAAAAUUGAACCUCAAGUUAAUAGAAACGACUUCGAAGCUACUGAAUCUACUUUGCAUUGGAACAUGUCAGCGUGGUCAGGAGGCAUGUUGUCUCGCGGUGACUCCGCCCGGUACACGUGUCGCUCCGGAAGGAACGCUGCCGGACCGCCAGUCAACAGUACCACCAAGUUUGCUGUUGAAUAUGAACCGGAAAAUAUUACAGUUACACCGGAAGUGGUGUCGGUUGUGGAAAAUGAAAUACCAGCGAAGGUUGUAUGUUCAGCCAAAGGGUUUCCAAUGCCGAGCUACAGUUGGCGUCGUCUCACUCCUCACAAGUCCUCAUCUCGUGAUCACAACUCCUCACUGAUUCUAUCAUCAUCGAACGCUCUCCUCCUGGGGCCGGCGGCCCGACGACACGCUGGGCGCUACGUCUGUGAAGCUUACAACAGACACGGCUUCAUUAACACUAGCGUGUUACUAGAUGUCAUGUUUAUUCCAGAAUGUGGCAUAAAACAGAUCGAGUUGAAUGGGGAGCAGGUGUUAGUGUGCACCGCCCACGCGAACCCGUCUGAGGUAUCAUUUACAUGGAAGCUGAAGAAUGACAACGACAGUUUGACAGACGAGAAGAUCUGGCAGAGAGGAACCCAGAGCUUCCUUCGUCUUCCAGCAGUCGAGGUCUACCGGACCUACCUCUGCAGAGCGAACAACAGCGUGGGCGCUUCCAGACCUUGCGAGAGAGAUGUCAUGGGUACGAAAGUGUGGUGGAGAGAUCAGCACAAGCUGAUGUUGAUUGGCGGUGCCGCCCUGGCGUUGCUCGUUCUCUUUGUCAUUCUCUGUGCCAUCAUCAUCUGUGUUUGCAGACGGAUGAGAGCCAAAUCUAAAUAUAAUAAUCCAGUCGAGUUAGAAGAGCGGGAAAAUCCGGAUGGUAGCUGUCUAAACGAAGUGUCCAUAGCGCAAUCUAUAAUAUCACAAGCUUUACCCGCUUUGUCACCGCGUAUCUUAUCAUUCAGUCCGAAAUCUUCAGAUAGAACUAGACUUGUAAACUCACAGAGUUAUCCUCAUAGCAUAGAAAUGACUGUCAAAGAAAGCUCCAAUAAAAUAGAUCUAAAUAUUAAUCAAGACGCAACAGAAAAUGUCGAGACACCGAAAACGGAACCUAAAACAGAUGUAGAUAAGAUCCAAACUGUAGUGACUCCAAAUAAAUGGCCUCUUAAACCUGGAGUUUUGGUGCACGUUAACGCAAACCAUACACUUAGCCCUAAAAAUCAAGCGAGAUUACAAAAUAGAAUACAGAAUGAGAGUAAUGAAAUAAGCAAUCUUGGCCUAUUGGAAAGGAAACCAAAUAUAGAUGAUAAAAGCCCACCAAAGACUGAAUAUUCAAAGAAAACUGGAAAACCAAAAAAACAUUCACAAAAAGUAACUGGCAUACUUAAAAAUCUAAGACGCAAGAGUGAUUCAUCGGAUGAAGAGAGUGGAAAAUAUAAAAAGAUAAACAAAACAAACAAAAGAGCUGUAACAUUAGUGACUCACAAUAAAGGCUUUGGGCAUAAGAGAAGUAUUAGAUCGUUCUUUCAAAGCGAAACGCCAAAUGUGAUAGUCACGGAAGGAGUCGUAUCAUUUAAAAGACCUGAUAGAAUAGCGAAUGACAAAGUACCUAUAAAAGCACCGAGAAACACAAGAAAACGGAAGAAACCCGGAGAUAGCCCAGCUACGAAUGGCGUAGAUAACGCGCCAAUCACGGAACCCGGGCUGUACGAGAACUUGCCCUUCCACGGAUUACAGCAACCUCCUAAUAAGCCUGUGCAAGCGAUACAACCUAGAAUUGUCGAAACUAACCAAAAAGCCACUAAAGGCAUUCAGGCGCUACAAAAACAAUUGUCAACCAACCCAUCAUUCACACCCCGUGUCGUUUGUCCGCCGUUCGUACAAAACGCAAUCAGUUACCCGGUUACGUCGAAUACUGAAUUCCCAACUUACGGGAUACCAGUUUUAUCACCGAUUCAACAAAUGUACCCAUUGCAUCAAACUGUCUUAUUAAACCCGUACUUACCACAAAUGCAAACAUCGUUUCUAAAACAAUUUCCUAGAAUAGAUGAAGAGAAGUUCGAAUCUGAAACAAAAAAAUUUUGUUCCUUAAAUACGAGGAAUGUAAAAAAUAAACCAAAGUUUCAAUCUAUGAGGAUUGUUAGAAAGAGAAACAUCGAAAGAUUUUAUCCAAAUACAGAGUAUGGUGAGAAUUUUAACGAGAUUAAUAACAACAUAAAUGAGAAUGAUGAUAAACUGGAAUCCAGCGGUAACAUCUAUGAAAACUAUCCCACACUAUUGAAAGUUAAUUCUGACAUAAGCGGUGUGGAACAGUUUGAGAACUUAACUGAUUCCAUACAAAUCUGUGAAGAAAGCAGCGAUGGAAUAAAUGCAUCAACAUCUUCUUUAAAUAGACCGGUGCCAGCUCCCAGAACUAAACUGACGCCGGUCACAUCACCUGCAAAAUCUGAUCAUGUCUACGUUAAUCUUUCAAUGCCACUCAUAAACACAAGUUACAUGCAAUCAUAUGACGUCACUGAUGGCCCGGUCAGGCCAACUAAGUCAGAAGAAAACGUUUCCAAACAUAUUCAAAGAAACCAAGCCAAAAUAACACCGAUGGUGCCAAAAAGAACGAUAAGUCUAAAAAAUAUUCACGAACAGUGCGAUAACGAUCAGAACGCGAUCAAUGAGGAAAAAGAAUUGACAAAACCGAAUAUCAUCGGUGCAACACCUAAAAGAAAUACUUCGAUAAUAUUACCAUCAACCUCACUAGUUAAAUCUGUUGUCAAUCAACUAAACGAUCAAGGUAUGAAUAAGGUUGGGCUGCCGAAGAAGCAAGUCAUAUUACCAAACAAAACCUUACAAAUACCCAAAUUGUCUGAAAAACCAAUACCAAAAAGAAAUUUAGUCCAACGUAGCAAUUCAGUCCAAAUUUGUUCUAAUAAUAGUGAUAUCGCUCAGAAUACUAAUAUACUACAACAACAAUACCUUCAGAAAAGAAACCAUUUUAGCAAUAUAUCCAAAGGAAAAAACAAGAAAAACUUCCAAAUACCCUUACAAAAACACCACAGCUUUUGCUACUUCCAGCCAAUUAGAGUAGAUAAAAGAAUUCCGGUAGAUCAAGAACUAUCAUAUAACAACACAAUAGGUCCAGUCAUCUACCAGCAUCCAGAAACUCAGUACUACACAAAAACAUUAAAUAGAACAAGAGAAAAAAACAGUCAGAAACUAAAUCGCCUUAAAAAAUCUGAAAGCUUACGUGAGAAACUGUCAUGCGUCGGUGUUUACGAUAAUUACGAGAAACCAAAUUACCCAGAACCAGAUUACAACGAAUCAGAACAAAAAUCAUACCUCCAGUUACUCAAAGGGAAUUACAUAUCAAACUCCACAAGAAACCUAGCACCUGAAUACAAUUACAACACUAACUUCAAUACGAUGAACCCUAAAGAGGAGAGACCUAAACAUAAGAAACUAGUGUACGCAGAUUUAGCGUUAGGUAAUCAUAAUUUAAAAUUUAAGAAUACAGUCAAUUCAAAUAGACAUUUGUACGACACGUAUACAAUAGGUAACGAGUCUAAAGACAGUAACAGUAGUCAUAAGAACGUGUCAAGUAGCCAAAGAAAAAGUAGUCAGCAGCGAAGCGACUACGCGACUCUUAAGUUCAAUGAGAUUGAUGUUUAAGGGAGGCUUUAUGAAGAGCGACACGUACAUUUUUUAAAGCCUUUCCUACCAGAAGAUCAGUUUAUUUACGCAGACGCCGAUAUGAAGGACUACGGGCCGAUCAAUUACAAAGCAGCAUCAAUAUACGCUCAGAUGAAGAAA